AUGGGGCCCCCGGGCAAUAGGGGAUCAUGGGGCCCCUGUGCCCUUGCCCAAACUCAAAAAAGCCUAUGAAAAAGGUACCAGGGGCAUCUCAUGGGCCCCUACUGACCCCGGGCCCUCGGGCAGUGACUGAGUUUCCAAAUGGUCAGUCCGCCCCUGUGGGUAGCUUAACUUUUCAGUCUUACUUCUUCUAACUAGCAUUUAUUUAUAGUCCAGUGUCCUGAUAGUUAAAGUUAUUGUAAAGCCAUUGUUUUUUUAAGCAAGCAUGUUAUAAUUAUUUGCUCUGUGCAAUGGUUUUGCAUAGAGCAUCCCCAAUCUUCCUCCCACUGGUAAUCUUUGCUU